UUUGAAGCGGAACAGUUGGCGCACUUUCCACCGAGUAGUUGCACCCAGCGCGAUCGCAUUCUGUGUUUUUGUUUCGUCUGUGCUCUAAAUCAACACAAAAGUCAAAUACUUCUUUCACUGGGUGAGCUGCAAUCAGCGAGAAUGAAGUUUAGUGCGGUGGUCCUGGUGGGUCUACUUCCGCUGCUGGGAGCUGUUUCAGCGAGUCGCUCUUUCGUAGUGGACUACGAGAACGAUCAGUUCCUAAAGGAUGGAGAACCAUUCCGAUUUAUUGCCGGCUCCUUCCACUACUUCCGUGCUCAUCCAGCCACCUGGCAGAGGCAUCUGAGAACAAUGAGAGCCGCGGGUCUGAAUGCGGUGACAACCUAUGUGGAGUGGUCAUUGCACAAUCCGCGGGAUGGCGUUUAUGCCUGGAGUGGCAUUGCCGAUCUGGAGCACUUCAUACGCCUGGCCGUGGGCGAGGAUCUGCUGGUCAUCCUCCGUCCGGGUCCGUAUAUUUGUGCGGAGCGUGACAUGGGCGGCUUUCCCUACUGGCUGCUUAAUAAGUAUCCGGGGAUUCAACUCCGGACAGCAGAUGUCAAUUAUCUUAGCGAAGUUCGCAUUUGGUAUACCCAACUGUUUGCCAAGGUGAGCAAAUAUCUGUAUGGCAAUGGGGGGCCAAUUAUCAUGGUCCAGGUGGAGAACGAAUAUGGCUCCUUCUAUGCCUGCGAUCUCAACUAUCGGAACUGGCUUCGCGAUGAGACAGAGAGUCAUGUCAAAGGGCACGCGGUGCUCUUCACCAACGAUGGACCCAGUGUGCUGCGCUGUGGAAAAAUCGAAGGCGUCCUGGCGACCAUGGACUUUGGAGCCACGAACGAUCUUAAGCCCGUUUGGGCCAAGCUUAGAAGGUACCAGCCGAAGGGUCCGCUGGUCAAUGCGGAAUACUAUCCCGGCUGGCUAACCCACUGGACGGAGCCGAUGGCCAAUGUCAGCACCCAGUCGAUUACUUCCACUUUCAUAAACAUGCUGGAUAAUGGUGCAAGCGUGAACUUCUACAUGUUCUACGGCGGCACCAACUUCGGAUUUACAGCUGGUGCCAACGAGAUUGGACCCGGAAACUACAUGGCGGACAUCACCAGCUACGAUUACGAUGCACCCAUGACGGAGGCAGGGGAUCCCACUUCCAAAUACCAGGCCCUGCGACGUAUCACUGGCCGCUAUCUCCCGCUGCCAAAGCAACCCGUGCCCGGACCCGUUCCCAAGCGAUCCUACGGAACAGUGCGUCUGACCAGCUGCUGUAGUCUGCUUUCGCCGGAGGCGCGAACUCGUCUCUCCACUGGCUUUGUGCAGUCCGCCAAACCGAAGAGCUUCGAGGCUUUGGGACAGUAUUCCGGUCUGGUGCUCUACGAGACCUGGUUGCCCAGUUUCCAGCGGGAUCCUAGCAUCCUGAGCGUACCCGGCCUGGCGGAUCGAGGUUACGUUUAUGUGGAUGGGGAGUUUGUGGGUAUUUUGGCCAGGGAAACACCCGUAUUCGAAUUGCCCCUCAGUGCAAGUGCCGGACGGAGGCUGCAGAUCAUCGUUGAGAACCAGGGUCGCAUCAACUACGGUCGUCAGCUGAACGACUUUAAGGGCAUCCUGCGGGAUGUGCGACUGGACAAGCAGGUGCUGAGCAACUGGAACAUGACCCAAUUCCCUCUCGAGUCGUACGAGAGCCUGGAGCAGCUGAUUUCCGAGUCGGAUGAGGCAGUGCGUCAGGGCUUCCAGGAGCUGAAGAACCUGCGCACAAUGCUGCGCACUGGUCCCGCCAUCUACCACGGUCAGCUGGACAUCCAGAAGAAGUCGGACCUGGCGGACACCUAUCUGGACAUGUCCGGCUGGGGCAAGGGCAUUGUCUUCCUAAACGGCGAAAAUCUCGGCAGGUACUGGCCACUGGUGGGACCUCAAGUCACCCUGUAUGUUCCGGCGCCCGUGCUCAAGGUGGGCUUUAACCGUCUGGUGGUGGUGGAGUACCAGCAGACACCCACCUCACAGGAGCUGCACUUCCGGGACAACCCCAUCCUGAACGCGAGAACCGUUUAGUCGUCGGCCCAAGGACCUGUGCGACUUGCAUCCAUCGCUGUAGCCAUACAUCAUGCAUCAUCCGUUUAUGUAGAUCUAAAUGUAAAUUUAUGCGGUUUAAGUUCUUUGCGAGACAUUAAAGCAACUCCGAGACGGACGCGUCCUGUCUGCCUCGUUAUCCCUUUUGUAAAA